AUGGCCCCAGCUUCGCAGGCUCUAACACUCUCCGUUUACUUCUUCAGUGCAAGUGACGGCCACAUGGAUGCCUGCAGAGUGCCCAAAGUACCCAGGAUUAUCUACCCCAAACCCCAGCUCCUCAAGCCCACGAGGACGGACGUGCUGGUCACCACUCCCUGGUCUGCCCCCAUCAUCUGGGACGGGACCUUUGACGCUGCCAUCCUGGACAUGCAGUUCAGAAACACCACCAUGCGGCUGACUGUGUUUGCCAUCAAAAAGUACGUGGUCUUCCUGAAGCUGUUCCUGGAGACUGCAGAGAAGUACUUCAGGGUGGGACACAAGGUCAACUACUACGUCUUCACUGACCGACCAGCUGACAUCCCGCAUGUCCCCCUCCAGGAAGACCGGCAGGUGGUGGUCCUCAAUAUCCGCAACUACACCAGCUGGCAGGACAUGUCCAUGCCCAUGGAGAUGAUCAGCAACUUCUCCGAGCAGCGCUUCCUGCAUGAGGUGGACUACCUGGUGUGUUUAGACGUGGACAUGAAGUUCAGUGACCACGUGGGCGUGGAGAUCCUCUCCUCCUUGUUCGGCACUCUCCACCCUGGCUUCUUUGUUGCCAAUCGCCAGGCCUUCACGUAUGAACGCCGCCCAUUGUCUCAGGCCUACAUUCCAAGAGAUGAAGGUGAUUUCUACUAGGCCGGUGGCUUUUUUGGGGGCUCAGUGAUAGAGGUGCACAGGCUCACCAAGGCCUGUCACCAGGCGAUGAUGGUGGACCAAGCCAAUCACAUUGAGGCCGUGUGGCAUGACGAGAGCCACCUGAACAAGUACCUGCACAAGUUGUACAAGGAAAGAGGAGAAGGUGGGGCUCCUGAGAAGGCUGACUUCUGUUCUGCAGGCACUCCCACUGGAGACUUCCGUCUGGGCUGUGCUGCCCUGGCCCCUGCUGCCCAGCUGCUCUCCACUCCCAUCCUGGGUGUGGGUCGUCUGAGGAGUCAUGGCGCCAAGAACAACGUGUUCAGCCUGACCCUCAGAUGGACGCAGAGAGAAGAGUCUCAAAGCCAGGGCAAACGCAGCGAGAUUCUGCAGAAGACACUGCUGGAGACAAAGAAGCCCGGAGAGGGCCUUGCCCUAGGUCAGUCCGUCACCACCCGCGUGGGCUGCCUCUUGGCAGAGCUGUACAUCAAGCUCCCAGACGCAGCCUGCCGGACUUACUUUGCUGUGGUCUCCGUCUUGGUUUCCUGGAGCUGCCCAAACAGAAUAUCACAAAGUGGGCAUGCUUAA